AUGAAGCCAGAUAUGCUUAUGCUAGGCAUAAACUCAGCUUGGUUGAAGUCACAGGCUAAGAUUAGUUUUAAUUUGGCCCAGGCUACGCUGAUUGUGCCAAAAAAGAGGACUGCGCUUCUAGUGAACAGACUGAUGCUGGCCUUAAACGAAGCAAUGAGGGAUCAAGACAAAUCUUUAGACGAUCUUAGCUUCGAAGACCACAAAAGGUACCGUGGAUCUACAGAUGAUUUCAGAUCGAUGGACUUGCAGCGAAGAGGGCACGGCUCAGUCGGGCAACAAAAAGGAAGAAGAUUCUGGAAAUGCUACUUCAACGCUGUCACAUGUUUCUGAUUAUGUUAAGUGUGGUCCAUUGUAAAAACAAUAUACAGUGAAAUUCAUUUACAUUUUUGAGCACUGCUUUCAACGUGUACGAGAGAGAGAGGGAGACAGAAGUGUGCAACACAGUAUUGCAUAUACGUAUGCUAGAAAGAGUGCGCCUCAUAAGCAUGCGACAGUAGGGGAAGGGGCGAAGUGCGACUGUACGCGUUACCAAACGUUACACCGUUUUCUUGAAUUAUGAUGCAUGGUGGAAGUACAAGCAAACAAUGGUUUUAUUUUGAGCGAACUGUGUCGAAUCGAUUUUGAACCGAUUCCGGACCAGUCUUAAAUUUUCCUGGAUUUCAGGUGGAAUGGAAACUUCAGAAUCACCACAAAGUUUUUGCAUUAUUGUAUCAUUGAAUUGACAACAUCGCAUAGCAUAGAUUGAUGAUUGGCCACUGCUAUUAACACUUUUUCCAACAAAUUCACCACAAACGCUGUAUUUAAUAUUUUCACUCAUAUCAACGUAAGUAAAGGGUUUUGAAAUAAGGCUGCGUCAACGUCGAAAUGAAAUAAAAGAAGUUGUGCAUGAUGUAUGAACGAUAUUCGUUUUUAUAAGAAAUUACAUUCCAUUGGAAUUUCUAUGGCAUACUGCAUCGUAGGUUCGCAAAGUGCUAUGGAUUUACUUUUGUAGCUCGUACAGCUAGAACAAGUGAACAUGAAGUGCAUGACAACUAGUUCCAAGUUGAAAUUUUUUUGGAAAUCGUACAUAAUGUCAAAAAACUAACAUAAUACCAUAAAAAUUUCUAUUAUGUCACUUUUUAAGUUACGUACUCCGGGUGCGGAGUUCAAUCGAUACUUGUUGGAAAAAAGCGCUAAUAGCACUGGACUAUCACGAAUCUAGAGAUCUGGAUACCUUGCGUUGGAAUCUACCAAGAUGCGAUGUUGUCAAACCAAUGACGUAAUCUUGCAGAAUUAGUGUCGAUCCUGAACUGAUCCGAAAUCGAUUCUAAACCAAUUAGACACAAUUCGCGAUUGAGAAACAUGUACUCUCAAAAUAAAACCAUUACUUAGGCUAGGAAAAGAAGCUAAAGCGUAUAAAAUGUAAUAUUUGGCAACGCGGCAAAUUACAGCCGCACUUUUCUCCACGCUCUAACAUACGAGUUACAUGAUGUUGCAUGCUUCUCUCUUCUGUAUAUAUUGAAAGGGAUACCUAAGAACUUGAAUGAAUUUCACUGUAUAUAUAUAUAUAUAUAUAUAUCAUGCUCCAAUUAACUGAAAAAUAUUCUAUCUAAUCGUUGAAUCUAAUGAUAUUUAACUAAUCCUUCUCUAUAGUUGUAUUUUUUAAAUCUUGCAAUGUCAUUCAUAUGAACGAAAAAGCA